ACCACAAAUUAAUUUUAUACAUUUUUUUUCUUUUUUCAAUUAUUUGAAAAUGUAUAAUCUCCAGAUAUUUUUAACUUUUGCAGGAUACACACUUGUCUUCCUUCUUGCUCUAGAACACUCUUUUCUACAUGUAGUAAAUGUUUUAGAUGUGUUGAGUAAAGCUUAUACAUGCCCCUUUAAGGACCUAUAAAAAAGCCUUUAAGCGUCUUCUAAAUUGAUGACAAAAUGUAUUUAUUGACAUGUGUCUUAGUGGAAAAAGCGGUCCUUAAAGGGUUUGCUCAAAGCAGGCAGUAUUUGCAUUAAUGUAUUUAACAUAGCACUUUCACUUGAAGAGUGAAACCUGUUUGAAAACCUACAUAUUGUUCUCAGUGUUAAAAACAGUCAUGAAGAGCUGAACUGCAGACUCCAAACAUUGCACAAGGUUGCAUUCAGCUUCUACCAAAUUGAUUUAAAAUGCUGCCCCGUGAUUUUGAUGCUCAUACUAUUGAAGCUAUGUAUCACAUGAAGCAGUUGAAAGUCUUUUAUGAUGCUGUGGCAAUGUUUAACUAUAAAAAAAAAAAAACACAAGUUCUAAUGUUAAAUAACUGAUCUUCUAUUUAUUUGUGAGAUUGUUUCCACCUUGAUAAUAAAGAAGCAAAGCCUUAGUAAUUUUUAAAACGUUUAAGUAGCAGCUAGUCUAGAUUUUAGGACUCAUUAUUUUAAUAGUAACCCCUGACCUGUUUUUCAUAAUGUCAGAUGUGAUAGGAGUGGCCAGUUAUGCUCUAUAUGCCUUAUAGCUCACAUGUGUAUCCCUAACUUAGCAGAACUGAUGAAGUUGCUGCAGUAAAUUUGUAAUUGAUGAGAUUUGUAUCCUUUUUAACACAGUCCAAAGACAGAAACUCUCAGGUUUAUAGGAGCAACCACCCAUGACCACAUGUCAUGGGUGGCCUCAAGGCUCAGUCCAUUUCACAGUGGGCAGACUACAUCUAACUCACUUCCCUCAUGAUUAAACCAGCUUAGUUCCUUGAAACAAGUUGAUGUCUUGCAAUAAAUUCCAGUUAUUUUCCAUGUACACCAAUAAUUAUAUCCUGCCACUUUACAUAAAUGCAACUUGUAUUGUUAUGCCUAUAGUGAUGUUACAUUAUAGGACCAAGUCUAAUGUAACACGAUCAAAUUAUGGCCUUUUGCAACCAGUGCCACCAGUAAAUUAAACCUGUCUGCUCCUUCUUGUGUUUUUUUCUCUUUUCUCCACAUAUGGGACCAAUUGUGACCUCACCUGGCCUCAACUAAUUCACUUCCAUUCAUAUACUCGCAUAAAUUACACACACUCAUCACUCACACAUUCACUCACACACUAUGCAGUCUACACCUUACAACCUUCUGCCUCCAGCACAAGCCCACGGUCAUCUCUUGUGUUUGCAUCCAUCUGGCAUGCAAAUGGUCCAACUGGGAGAUCCCAGUUUCCACUGAUGGGAAACACUGGUGGGAGUAUGUGGACACCUCGGUCACCCUUGAGCUGCUUGAUGAGUUGACCCAUGAGUUUCUGCAGAUUUUGGAGAAGACCCCCAGCCGGUUAAAGCGGAUACGCAACUGGAGGGCAACGCAAGCUGCCAAAAAGCCUAAGACUGACGGCAGCCAGCUGAUGGACAACUCUUUCCCUGGGCCUUCCAUUCUCCAAGACCAACAUGAUUCCAUACUUCCUGGAGUUUCCUCCAACUCAUGUUUUUCUAAAACUGGCACCACCUUCACCAUGUCCAUGCCUGGCCAGUCCAGAGAUGCAGCCCUGACUCUGGACACCAUGGCUGGCAUAUACAAUCCUGCUAGCCACAGUGAAUGGCCCCUGGGCAAGCAGAGCCAAGCAGGGUACCUUUCCACCUGUAUAAAACAGGAACCCCUCAACAUCCCGCUAGAUCACGCACUGUCUUUGCAGACCUCCACCUCCUCUUUGCUUCAAAAUCCACCCACAUUCAAGACUGAGAAAAUAGUAGACUUCAACCCUAUCAAACAGGAACUGAAGGGAGCUGGAAUGAGUAAGAAUCAACCACCACCUCAGUCUGCAUACCCCCCAUCAGCUCAGCCAUCACCUGCUCAGAGGCUGUCACUGGACAAAUACAGAGAGAAACAUGCUAUUGAAAUGUCUGUCUCAGGGCAGAAACGCCGUCAGGAACAGCACGGAGGAGCAUUGGACUGUGACGUGAGGGGAGAAAUGUCUUCCUCUUCUACCUAUGCACCAUCCUCAGUGAGCCACGCAGACCAUAGAAAACAUUUGCAGCCCAACCAACUGUCCUUUGGUGGGGCUGGCACCACUACUGUGUCCCCAGUGAAAAUUAAAGUCCCUUCCUCAAGUUUAGUGCAAGACAGAUGUCAUCACAGUGACAAACGGGACAAAAGCAUGCCUAAACUGCGUCUGGCUUUGCCUGGGGGCUCACAGCUGGACAAAGGCGGGCAACUCGGCAAAGACGAGCUUAAGAUGAAGAUAAAGGUUUCAUCAUCGGAGUGCCACAGCUCAUCGGAUGAAGGCAUGGCGGCGACCAACAACAGCAAGAGUAAAAGUUCAAGCUUGCUUGUCGGUAAAGAGAAACACCGAGGAGUGGAACACCACCUCCAUCGCCACCACAAGCACACUCAUCCUCACACACACAGUGGCAAUGGGCGAGGUGGCCCAGAGAGCCAAGGUGGAGGGGGAGGCCUUCUACGGGGCACCCCAGGAUUGGUCAGUAUGGAGGGUUCGAUGCAUGCUCAUCCUGGAUCCACCUCUUUGUCUUCAUCCACAUCGCGCAAGAGGCAAUACCCGGAGGUCAGCCACAACCACCACCCUCCCUCAUCCUCAACUACCUGCUCCAAAGUGAGCAAAACCUCCAAGGGUGGCACUGGUGCUGCAGGUAUUUCGUCUCUUUCUUCCUCCUCGUUUCCCCCUUGCUCCUCUCCUGUUCUGCAGUGUAUCUCAUCUGGCUUGCAGCUCUUUGGCUAAUCUCCCUCCCUCUGUCCUCCUUCUCUUUAUUCUUGUUUCUUCUCCUCCCCUCCUGUCACACCCAGGUGGGCUGCGGACCUCUCAGCAGUACCCUCCUAGUGAAUCGCCACAUGAAGUGGGUGAGCAGAGACACUGAGUCCACCACUCUGCGGCUAUGGCUUCAAACUACCCACAGUUGAGACUUUGAGAACUACACCCCACCUUCUUUUCAAGUGCCCUAGAAAAACAACUUAAUCUAAUGAUGAAGCCUUUAUUGCAAGGCAGAAAACAUCUCUCCAAAAACAGCAUUUAUGAAAAAAACAAAUAAUUAUGCUUCCCGACUGACACAUCUCUGAGCUGUGAUGCUCGGUCCUGUUUUUCUGUUAGUGUGUUAAAUUGCUGCUUGGUUAUCUUUCCUCCUCAAAUGGGUCUAGGAAUGUGCAAUGUGUGAAUGUGAGGGUUUCCAUCAGGAGAACCCCAUAUGGGAAAACUAAAGUAUUGCAAGUACUGUAAGUAAUUUAAAUGAAUCAAUUUUCUGCAGUUGUAUGGAAGGAAGCCAGUGGCCAACUGGAGAUGAUUUCAAGUUUUGUUUGCUGGCAUUCCAUUUAGUACUAUUGAUGGAUGCAUAUAUUUUUUUUAGGUGUAAAAUUCAUCUCCUUAAUUACUUUCUUGUCUUGAUUUCUUUUUCUAGUUAAGGACUGUGCGUAUGAUUUGCAUGUUUCAAUCUUCAAAGGGAUAUAGAAGAGGAGAGCACUUACUGUUUACAGGAAGUGGGAGAUAAAUGUACAUACGUUUUUUGUAUGUUUAAUGAAAAAAAAAAUUAAUCUAUACCGUGACUACUCAGGUUUGGAGCUGCUUGUAAGUAUAACAAGAAUAUUAUGAUACCUAUAAAAGACUUAUUUUGUUGAUCUACUGUUUGGGCAUCAGUGUGAAUGAUUCCAGCAUUCCAGUAGUGUGUGUGUGUGUGUGUACUUCUUAUAGCCUUCCUGCAGAGGGUGCUGCACUGUGCUUUUCCGUCACAGGAAAUAUCAGUUGCACUCGCCAACACGGGCACAUUAAACACACUGCUACAUCACAUUUGAGUGAUGCUAUUUGUACCAAAAAAUUAUUUUUUUGGACCUUUUAAUUAGACCGCAAGAUGGAUGCCAAAGGUUUUGCCUAAAAAAAGAAAAGAAAAAAAAAGUACAACAGUAGUUUGCCAUUAAAGUUUACAUAAUCUUUUUAUUUUGAAGUGCACCAGACUUAAUUUCAUGACGUGAAGCUGUAGCCCUUUAGAUGUCAUCCCAUAUGAGGGAUACAUGUAUUAUUCAGUCUGCCAUUUACGACGAUUGAGGAGGGGAAAAACAAACACUUGUUGAUUAUUUCCAUUCCAGCAACAGCUAUGAACACACUGACUAUUUGGCCACAUGCAAAAACACCAAAACUCAAGCACCUUUAAGUGUGGAUGGUGCUUUUCUUUGCAGGUGUCUUCAGCCAAUCAUUUAGGCUUCUAUUUACAGCAAUGUAUCUGUCAGGACAGGCCUGAAAAUCUGUUUUAUACAUUAAGCACUAUAUUAAGUGUCGACCCAGUUACCUCUAUUUCCGACUCGGAUACUCAUUUAUCUCAACAUAACACAGGAUAAUGCAAGUAUAGAUCAACAUACAUACUAAGACUGAGGCUGGAGUGUUUGUACCCUCAUUAGGAAUUGUACAGUUGGACACUCUUUACAUUUUAUUUUUCCUUUCAGUGUUGCAAAUAAAAGUUGCUGUCAUCCUGACACAGUAUACAA